AUGGUCCGUCGAAAAAGUUUAAAAGUGCAGGAAAUGGAAUCUCGACUUGCUGAAGCAGUAUUAGGAGUUCAAAAUGGAAAGUAUAAGUCUUCAUAUGAAGUUGCAAAAGAACUGGGGCUUUCUAAAGAUACUGUGACGCGACGCGUCAAAGGGGGUUCAUCGCGUUCUGAAGCACAUCAAUUGCAACAGAAACUUUCUGCUGUACAAGAGAAUGUACUUCUUAAGUGGAUAAAGCAAUUGACAAUUAGCGGCUAUUCAUUAGGCCAUCAGUUGUUAAAAGAAUUGGUUGAGGAGUUACGUUCAAAACGGAUUUAUAAUUUGGAUUGCCCCUCAUUUGACUUUUUUGAACUCUUAUUACAACAUCUUCUUGGUCAUGAAUGGGUUCCACGAUUUAUUAAACGACAUCCUCAUCUCACAGGUGUUAUUGGCCGUCGAAUUGAAUCUGUAAGAAUGGAUGGUGCAACCAGGGAAACAUGUAGUACUUGGUUUGAUGUGUAUCAAAAAGCGAUUCAGGAUUAUGGAAUUGAGAAGAAAGACGAAUACAAUAUGGAUGAAUCUGGACAUUCAAUUGGGACAAUGGAAUCAACCCGAAUUAUUAUCGAUUCUACACUUCGUACAAAACAUCAAGCACAUCCAGGCCAUCAAGAGUGGAUUUCAAUAGUAGAGUGUAUUUGUGCGGAUGGAUCCAUUCUUCCACCACUCGGGAUUUUUAAAGGUAAAAACGUCCUUCAAAAUUGGAUUCCGAAGGAAGUUCUUGGUAGCUGGUUCUUUUCAGCAAAUACAAAGGGCUGGACAAGCAAUCUUCAUGGAUUAGAAUGGCUAAAACGCGUUUUCGAACCUGCAACUCGUGCAAAAGCAGAUGGCAAAUAUCGGCUUCUCAUCUGCGAUGGCCACGAUUCUCAUAUUAGUGGAAGCUUUAUAGCUCACUGCCUUCAAAAUCGAAUUGUACUUCUUAUACUUCCUCCUCAUACCUCGCAUUUGCUUCAGCCACUUGAUGUUGCGGUUUUCGAUCCAUUGAAAAAACGGCUCACCGCAGCACUUUCUGAUUUGAAUCAAGCUCAACUUAGAGUGUUCCGUACACUGGGUCGAGAGUUUACCCCCGAAGUCGAAAUAUCCAAAGAACCAACCCAAUUUGAUAUUUUUAAUCAAGUCUUCGUCAAUAGCUCACCCCCGGAUGUAGCAAUCUUACAAACAGCAAAUAACCUUUUAAAUUCAACAAUUGAAAAUGAUACAACUCUUUCAACCCCGGUUCGUCAAUACAUUCGAAAAUUGACGAUUGGGAGUGAGCAACUUCGAGCUCAAAGUAUUGUUCACCAACACGAUGCGAAUAAUUUACGAGCUAUUAUGAAGAAACAUACGAUACGUAAGAAAGGAAAGAGACUAGUUUUGAAGGGUCAUUUUCAUAUUUCUACGCAAGAAUUAUGUGAUGCAGUAGUGGAAGCCGAAAAAGCUACUAAAGUACAGACAAUGAAAAAAGGAAAAGGGAAAGGGAAAGUAAUUGAAUAUGAGACUGAAACUGAAGAGGAUAUUGGAGAAGAAGUUGAAGAUGAAUCUGAAAGUGAUAUUGGAGAUUGCCUAGAGGGUCAAUCUUGGAAUGUGAGGGAAUUUUGA